AUGGUGAAUUAUUACGAAGUUUUAGGACUUCACCAAAAAGCCUCACAAGAUGACAUUAAAAAGUCCUACCGUAAACUUGCAUUAAAAUGGCACCCUGAUAAGAAUCCUAAUAACAAGGAGGAUGCAGAGAAGAAAUUCAAAGCCGUAGCUGAGGCAUACGAGGUUUUAUCAGAUCCCCAAAAACGUUCCAUCUAUGACAGAUCUGGAAAGGAAAGUCGGCAGAGAGGAGGCAGAGGUGCAACUGGAGGCCACUUCCACAGCCCAUUUGAUUCGGAAUACAUAUUCCGUAACCCAGAAGAGAUUUUCAGGGAAUUUUUUGCAGGAAUGGAUCCCUUUGCACAUGAUUUCUGGGACAUUCCAUUUGAUGGAAAUGUAGGUGAAAACAGAAACAGAACUCGUGGAAGAGGAGCUAACUUUGCCGGCUUUGAUGUAUUUCCUGGUCUUAUGGAAUCAUUUAUGUCAUUUGAUUCAGCCAGCCCCGGUGAGCACACUACAUUCUCCUGCAGGUCCUUUGGAGGAGACACUAGUGGGACAAACAACUUCAGAUCAGUCUCAACUUCUACUGAAGUGGUCAAUGGUAGAAGAAUCACUACCAGAAAAAUCAUUGAGAAUGGACAAGAAAGAACUGAAGUUGAGGAAGAUGGGCAGCUGAAGUCCAUAAAAAUCAACGGAAGAGAACAGCUGAAAUGCUAG